GAGGGAGACGGACGAGGUCGACUCGUCAGGAGUAGUACUAAAGACUCCCGCUAGUCGAGUCGCCUGGCGUCACUUCCCUCUUCCACCGGAGCGUGUGGAGGUGCAAGCCUCCUUGGUGAUUCCUUCUCGCGCCAUCAUAUCCCAAGCAGGUCACCUUAGCGCUAACGCACCGGCAUUUUCCUUCCCUGAAGAUGGUACCUUGCAAACGCCGAGCCGCAGCCAUGUCCCUCCCAGUGGUGAUAUUAGGAGCCCUGAUGCUGCACGGCGUCUCCUCGCAAAACGCGGGCUUUGUGAAAUCCCCUCGGUCUGAAACCAAGCUCACGGGAGACACCUUUGAGCUAUUCUGUGACGUAGUGGGAAACCCCACCCCCGAAAUCCAGUGGUGGUACUCUGAGAUCAACCGAGCCGAUUCCUUCAGGCAGCUGUGGGACGGCGCCCGCAAGCGGAGGGUGUCCAUCAGCACCGUCUAUGAUGUCGAUGCGGUUAGCGUCUUGGGAGUAUCCUAUCUCACUCUGGACGACAUCGGCACGUACGAGUGCAGGGCCAGCAACGACCCGAGACGCAACGACCUGCACAUAAAUCCCGCCACCACCUGGGUCAGAGCACAGGCUACAAUAACCGUGCUGCAGAAGCCGUCAAUCGCCGCUUCUGAGCACACUUCCCUUCCCGUAGAAGGCCACAGUCCACCUUUCACUCUGCAGUGCAACCUGUCCAGCAGCGAGAACGCCCUCCUGGAGAGCUACUGGAUGAGAAAUGGCGAGGAAAUCCCAGAAACCCGCAGUCCAAAUAGGAACACGGAAUACAGGCUGAAUAAACCGAGAGGAGACGAUGCUGGUGUGUACAUGUGCGUCUUCACCUUUGAGAUGUCUCCUGCCGCCAACACCACGAUUGAAGUUAAAGCUGCUCCUGAGAUUACGGGCCACAAGCGUAGUGAAAAUAGGAAUGAAGGCCAGCGUGGUUUGCUCUACUGCAAGUCUGUGGGCUACCCUCAUCCUAGCUGGACUUGGCGUAAACUUGAAAAUGGCAUAUAUAGGGAAAUUGACAACUCAUCCGGACGCUUCUCCAUCAGCAGCAAAGACAAUUACACUGAGCUCAGCAUCACCAAUCUGGACAUUAAUUUGGACCCGGGCGAGUACCAGUGUAACGCCACCAAUUUGCUUGGGAGCAGUGACGAGACGUCCGUGCUGAGAGUCCGCAGCCAUUUGGCUCCCUUAUGGCCUCUUUUGGGGGUGCUGGCUGAAAUCAUCAUCCUGAUCGUCAUCAUCGUCGUUUAUGAGAAGCGCAAGAAGCCCGAGGAUUUACAAGACGAUGACGACCCAGCUGGACCAGUGAAAACCAAUUCAACCAACAAUCACAAAGAUAAGAACCUGCGCCAGAGGAAUACAAAUUGAACCCGCCCGUCAGCAGAGUUAAACUAAACAUGUAUUGACCACAUGAAGGUAAACAACAUUGGAAUCAACGCCAGUUGUUAAUAGAAUUUUAUCCGCCAUUUUAAUGUGUGGUUGAAUGAGGCAUGCCUUAUGAUUUUGAUGUGCGCCGCGAGAUGUUUUUAUUCACUCAUCAUUACAGGGUUGUUAACAUAAUCAUUCUUACUGCAUGCAAACAGUGACCUGUGCAAUUUAGUUCCCCCCCCCCACACACACACACUUUGACAUUUUUACUACUUAUAAAAUAAUUGCAUGCAAGAUGUUGACCCUCUACUUGAGACAGGAUUUUCUUCUGUAUUUUUGUUCUCUUAGAGUGGCUUCAUGUACUAUAGAUAAUCUAUGUUUCUUAAGAGAAAAUGGCCGCCUUUCACCAGUUUAGAAAAUGGCGCUAUCAUCAGAGAUGGCAGGUUUUGUACAGUUUUAUCAUGCAACUGCAUAUCAUUACCUAAGAUUCAAAGUAAUAUUACAUUUCAAGGGCUUUGCAAUGUCCCUCUAAAGAUUUAAUUUAUAUAUGUAUUGUAUGUAUCAAAUCACUCUCGUGAUAUAAAUAGUAUGAUGCACUUAAAUGUUGACAAUACUGGAAACUGUAUAAAUCGACUUUAUGAAAUCUAAUCAUUUUAACAUUCUCUUGUCAUGACGUGUGUAUUGUACAGCAUGGCUUUUCUCCUAUGCAACAAAUAUCCAUGUCAAUAUAUUUACAAAACAUAGCUUUUGAUUUUUUGGGGGUUUUCCUUUGACAAAGCUUUAACUAUAGUAGGAGCAUAUAGACGUUCUAGUGCGCAGCUGCAUGUUUUCUGUACAGCGGACGGGAUUGGACAGCCUGCUACACAAAAUCUUGACUCAAAUAAUUUUUAAAAAUAA